AUGGUUUACGAUCAAAAUAAUUUACCAAUUGCAAUUCAUCGUCGAGAAAUUCUUGAAGAAUUAAAAAAUCAUCAAGUGAUUUUAAUUGCUGUUGGCACUGGUUGUGAAAAACCAACACAGAUUCCAAGAUUUUUACUUGAAGCUGAUUUUGAUAAAAUAGUUUGUACACAACCGCGACUUAUUGCUUGUAUUUCAUUAACAAAACGUGUUAGUUAUGAAACAUUGAAUGAAUACGAAAAUCAAGUUGGAUAUCAAGUUCGUUUUGAAAAAACUCGAGUUAAAUCUACUCGAAUUAUUUUUAUGACAGACGAUAUUCUUUUACGUCAACUUCAAUCAGAUUCAUCGCUAUCGAAUUAUGAUAUAUUGGUGAUUGAUGAAGAGUACAUGAACUAUCCAUCAACAGAUCGUGGUGAUAUGUUGAUUUUUUUAAGUGGUAUGGCUGAAAUUCAAGCCGUUAUGGAAGCAGCUCAGUCUUGUGCUCAAGAAACUCAACAUUGGAUUGUUCUUCCAUUGCAUAGUGCACUUCUAUUAGAAGAACAAGAUAAAGUAUUCGAUAUGCCACCUGAAGGUAUAUGUCGUAAAUGUGUUAUAGUAACAAAUAUAGCUGAAACUUCUGUAACAAUUGAUGGUGUACGUUUUAUAAUUGACUCAGGCAAAAAAUAUGAGUAUUUAAGUUUUCAAGAAUAUUCUACAUCAGAAAUUCGUUGUGUAGCACUUGAUUCCUUGAUGUUAAAAAUAAUUUUUAUGGGUUUAAAAGAUCCAAGAAAAUUUCCAUUUGUUGAAUCACCAGAUAAGACAGCGAUUGAUAGUGCUUUACGUCGUCUUCAACAACAAGCUGCUUUAUCAACAAUUGAUUGUUCAUUAACAUCAAUUGGAGCAAUGCUUGCUCGACUUCCUGUUGAUGUUUCGAUUGGAAAGAUGCUUAUUUUUGCUUGUAUUUUUCAAGUAAAAUCUGAUGGACAAAAUACUCGAACAUGGUGUAGAAGACGAGGUGUUGAAGAACAACGUCUUGAUGAUAUAACAAAACUUCGUCGACAAUUUCAAGAUAUUCUUCGAGUAUGA